AUGCCCUCCUUACUCUCACCAGGCAGAAUCCACCGUUUGGAACUCGAAAACUUCAAGUCCUACAAGGGACUCCAAACUAUCGGCCCGUUCUCCGACUUCACCGCAAUAAUCGGGCCGAAUGGAGCUGGGAAAUCCAACCUAAUGGAUGCCAUAAGCUUCGUUCUCGGUGUCCGUACUGGCCAGCUCCGUGGGGCUCAGUUGAAAGAUCUCAUUUAUGCUUACGAUGAUAAAGAGAAGGAGCAGAAAGGUAGGAGAGCGUUUGUGAGACUGGUGUAUCUGCUGGGAAACGGUUUGGAGCUCCAGUUUACUAGAAUUAUUACGAGUGCAGGUGCAAGCGAGUAUCGAAUUGAUGGUAAAGUCGUUAACUGGGAUGAGUAUAAUGGCAAGUUGAGGUCGCUUGGGAUUCUUGUUAAAGCCAGAAAUUUUCUCGUCUUCCAGGGUGAUGUGGAGUCCAUUGCUUCAAAGAAUCCCAAGGAACUUACUGGACUUCUUGAGCAGAUUUCUGGGUCUGAUGAACUCAGGAGAAAUUAUGAGGUUCUGGAAGAGGAAAAAGCGAGAGCUGAAGAAAAGUCAGCUCUUGUUUAUCAGAAAAAGAAAACAAUAGUGUUGGAGAGGAAGCAGAAGAAAGAACAAAAGGAAGAAGCAGAGAAGCAUCUUCGCCUGCAAGAUCAACUGAAAUCUUUGAAGAAAGAACACUUUUUAUGGCAAUUGUAUACUAUAGAACAAGAUAUUACCAAGAUGAGUGAUGAUCUUGAAGCUGAUAAGAGAAGCCGUCAAGAUAUAUUGCAAGAUUUAGAUCAUCUGAAUGAUAAAAAACGUGAAAAGAAUAAGGAACUACACAGAUAUUCGAAAGAGGUUGCACUGUGUGAGAAGAAGAUUUCUGACAAAAGAAGUAGACUCGAUAAAUAUCAACCUCUGCUUCUCAAAUUCAAUGAAGAAAGAUCUCGCAUAAAUUCAAAAAUCAAGAGUACUCGAAAGGAACUUGAUAGAAAAAGAGAAGAGAGAAGGAAACAUGCUGAUGAAAUAGAAGAGCUGCAGAAAGGAGUACAAGAUCUGACAGCAAAACUAGAUGAUUUAAAUGAAAAAAGUCGAGAUGCUGCUGGGAAACUUCCAUUGCUUGACAGUCAACUUACAGAAUAUUUUCGAAUUAAAGAGGAUGCUGGAAUGAAAACUGCAAAGCUAAGAGAUGAGAAAGAGGUUCUGGAUAGGCAACAACAUGCUGAUAUUGAAGCGCAAAAGAAUUUGGAAGAAAAUUUUCAACAAUUGAGUAAUAGGGAGCAUGAACUGAAUGCGCAGGAGGAGCAAAUGCGAAUGCGACAGAAAAAUGUUAUAGAGACUUCUGCUAGACAUAAAGAGGAGCUCAUGGCGCUGAAGAAGGAGCUGCGACUGAUGCAAGAUAAACACCGUGAUUGCAGGAAUAAAUAUGAUAAUCUGAAGACUAAAAUUGGUGAAAUAGAAAAUCAAUUACGUGAACUGAAGGCUGAUAGGCAUGAAACUGAGAGGGAUGCUAAGCUGUCUCAAGCUGUGGAAACUCUCAAGCGCCUAUUUCAAGGAGUUCACGGACGUAUGACUGAUCUGUGUAGGCCAACCCAGAAGAAGUACAACCUUGCUGUUACUGUAGCCAUGGGUAAAUUUAUGGAUGCAGUAGUGGUCGAGGAUGAGAGUACAGGAAAGGAAUGCAUCAAGUAUUUGAAAGAGCAAAGGCUUCCUCCCCAAACGUUUAUACCACUGCAGUCAGUGCGUGUUAAGCCAAUCGUUGAGAGGCUACGGACUUUAGGUGGUACUGCAAAGCUGAUCUUUGAUGUUAUCCAAUUCGAUCCGUCAUUGGAGAAGGCAAUUCUUUUUGCUGUUGGGAAUACUCUAGUUUGUGAUGACCUUGAUGAAGCCAAGGCUCUUAGCUGGAGUGGGGAGAGGUUUAGGGUUGUAACUACUGAUGGAAUUCUGCUCACAAAGUCUGGGACAAUGACUGGUGGUACAACUGGUGGGAUGGAAGCAAGGUCGAAACAGUGGGAUGAUAAAAAGAUUGAAGGACUGAAAAAAAACAAAGAGCAGUUUGAAUCAGAGUUGGAAGAACUUGGUUCAAUUAGGGAGAUGCAGCUAAGAGAGUCUGAAAUGUCUGGGAAAAUUACUGGACUCGAAAAGAAGAUUCAGUAUGCUGAAAUUGAGAAGCGGAGCAUUGAUGACAAACUUGCCAACUUGAGGAAGGAAAAGCGUAAUAUCAAGGAAGAAAUUGGCCGGAUAAAUCCUGAUCUUCGUAAGUUAAAGGAUGUAAUUGAUAGGAGAACCACAGAAAUCAAGAAGCUGGAAAAGAGGAUUAAUGAGAUUGUUGAUCGUCUCUACAAAGAUUUCAGUCGGUCUGUUGGGGUUGCAAAUAUCCGUGAGUAUGAAGAGAACCAGCUGAAGGCUGCCCAAAAUGUUGCUGAAGAAAGGCUUAACUUGAGUAGUCAGCUGUCUAAGUUGAAGUACCAGUUGGAGUAUGAGCAGAAGCGUGAUGUGGAAUCACGAAUUUCAAGGCUGGAAUCUUCUCUUGUUACCUUUGAAAAUGACUUGAAAGAGAUCCAGAACAAAGAAGCUGAUGUCAAGUCAUCAACUGAGAAAGCUACUAGUGAGAUCAAUCGUUGGAAGGAAGAAGUCCGUGAGUGGAAAUCCAAGUUGGAAGAGUGUGAGAAGGAGAUCCAGGAAUGGGAGAAGCAGGCUUCUGCUGCUACUACAAGCUUAUCCAAGCUGAACCGUCAGAUAAAUUCUAAGGAGACACAGAUUGAGCAGCUGAUGUCACGGAGGCAGGAAAUAGUGGAGACUUGUGAACUAGAACACAUAAUUCUUCCUACUAUUCCAGACCCCAUGGAAACUGAUUCUUCAAUACCAGGCCCUGUUUUUGAUUUUAGUCAGUUAAGUAGGUCGCUUCUGCAGAAUAAGAGACCUUCUGAGCGUGAGAGGCUUGAGGCUGAAUUCAAGCAAAAAAUGGAUGCCCUAAUCACAGAAAUUGAAAGAACUGCUCCAAAUUUGAAGGCACUGGACCAAUAUGAGGUUCUGUUAGAGAAGGAAAAGGCUGUAAGUGAAGAGUUUGAAGCUGCCAGAAAGGAGGAGAAGCUAGCAGCUGAAAAUUACAAUUCAAUUAAGCAGAAGAGAUAUGAAUUGUUUAUGGAAGCUUUCAACUAUAUUUCUAGUAAUAUCGACAGGAUAUACAAACAACUAACGAAGAGCAAUACACACCCAUUGGGUGGGAUGGCAUAUUUGAACUUAGAAAAUGAGGAUGAUCCUUAUUUGCAUGGCAUCAAAUACACUGUUAUGCCACCAACAAAGCGCUUUCGUGAAAUGGAUCAGCUCUCUGGUGGGGAGAAGACAGUUGCAGCACUUACAUUACUCUUCUCUAUCCACAGCUACAAGCCUUCGCCAUUUUUUAUAUUGGAUGAAGUUGAUGCAGCUUUGGAUAAUUUAAACGUUUCUAAAGUAGCUGGAUACAUCCGUUCAAAAUCAUGUGAAGGAGGGAAGAGCAAUCAGGAUGAUGGUGAAGGCAGUGGUUUUCAGAGUAUAGUGAUAUCAUUGAAAGAUAGCUUUUAUGACAAGGCUGAAGCUUUGGUUGGGGUUUACAGGGACUCAGACAGAAGCUGUUCGAGGACCCUGACAUUUGACCUGACCAAAUACCGGGAAUCUUAGGAGCUGUGGCGUGGGAAAGUAGACUUUUGAUGUAAAUAACCACUGUUUGUUGCACCCUUUAGAUGUAAAUAAUUUGAUGUUCUUAAUAGUAUUGAGGAGCUGGAUUUGAUUGCUGAA